GACUAGAAAAGGAAAAAAGCAGCAGAGGCGCUGAAGAGAGAGAAGUGAGAAAUAGGAAGAGAGAGAUGACGCAGAAAGGGAAGCUGUUCAAAGGGCAGCAGAAGAGGAAAACGAUUCCUCCCAACCGCCAUGGAAAAAUGACUCAAAUUCGCAAAGGCAAGCGAGUAAUCAAGCCGUCGAAGGUCACCGGUGAGAUGGAUUCCGAUCGGGAGAUGACAAAGUUCAUAAACCACUGCAAUGAGAUGAAGGCGGCCACCGCUGCAAACAAGGAAGGCGGUCAAUUAAGUAUUGUCAAAACACCUCAAGAAUCCGGUAACACUACAAAGCGAUAUUAGUUUCCAAAGCUUGCGGAACUUUGGAUGCGGAGAGUGAUAGGUUGUCAGGAAACACUUGAAACAAACUGUGGUUGAAAAUUUUGUGGUGUUUAUGUUGUGGUCGUGUUAGAUUUCGUGUCCCGCUCCAACCCGUUAUGUAGUUUGUAUCAUUUGAUUAGGCUUCAAAGUUUUGGGAUGGUAAUUGUGACUUGUUUGUGUCAUUUCCAGUACAACAUAUUGAUUCAUCUAAUAUAAUGCCGUGAAACAUUUGAGAA